AUGUGUCUAAAAUAUGAUCAAUAUUUCAAUGGCACAAAUAAUCCUGUUGUUACUGUAGAAAUGCCAACUGGGGGAAGCAAAAUUAAGAAUUUCUUCAGUUUAUAUACAAAUAAUGAUGCCUUGAAGAAACAAAAUAGUGAUGUAAGUUGUUAUAUUUGAUGGUCUUUGUCCAAAAAAAUGUUUGAUUAAAAAAUAAAUACACUACAUAUAAUAUGUAUCCCAAUCAAAAUGAUUCAUUUAGAAGAUUAAACCCCGCAACAAUAAUCUGACCGCACAUCAAAUGUGUCAGAAUACAACUCAAUGUAUCCCACCGUUUUUUCAUCACGAGACAAGAUUCAAGGUAAAUCAAAAAUCAAAAACUUAAAAUUAUGAAGCAAAGGAUUCUUUCAGAUAGCACCUGAUUAUCAUAUGAUAAAUUGUGUUGUUCAUAAAUCAAUGUCAACUGUGAUUACUGGACUCAUGUGUUAUUUAUUUAAUCGAAAACGUUUUGUAUCUGUUGAUUCACAGAUAAAUAUGACGGAAUGGGAAAAAGCAUCGUUAGUUUUACUUGGGAAACUUGUAAAAUAAUAAACUGAAAAGUUCUGGAAAUUCAAAAAGAUUUGUUUGGAAAUUAUUUUCAGAGAGUUUGUGACUCGAGUGAUUUCUAUCUAAUUAAUAAAUUUGUACGUUUUUGACUCACAAAAAUCUUUGACAAAAUUAUCCUAAUUAAUUAUUUGAAUUGAUGUUAAUUUGCUUUGAGCCAAAUUAUAUAAUAAUGACGACAGUUGAAACAUAUAAAAUUAGUUUAAACACAAUAUUAUAAAAAAGAGAUCAGAAACUAAUGAAACUUACAUCAAAAAUAAACAGAAUUUAUUUAAUUAAAAAUUAAAAAAAAAGCCCUAAACUACGCACGGUGCGCAUUUCUUUACGUCGCCUGAACAAAAUUGCGUCCGGCCCCUGUACAAAUUAUUGUGCGUCGAGGCCCUUCCUCUCUGUCUCUCACUUCUUCUCCUUUUUGACUCUAUUUCUUAUUCUUUUUUUUCUCCCUGGGUGCUCUUGUAAAAAAAUGCGCACCGUGUACGACACAGUGUUUUUAAAUUCGUACUUCAUUUAUCUUAGCACGUAUUCUUUUUUCUAUAGUUUCUAGUCACUAUUUUAUAGGGGGCUGAAACGCUGAAACGUUAGAAUAAAUAAUACUUCACAAUGCGACUACUUUCUAUUUAUCUUAAUAAAAGUUUGUUUCGAGUAUUUCACACUUUGUUUCUUUAGGUUAUGUCGAAGUGAGAAUGGUGUUCAAACAAUUCGUCAACUUCAAAGACGUGUAAAAUCAAAUGAUUUCAAAAACUGGAGUCUCUCAAUGAUAACUCGUGAUCCAGUUGACAGAUUCAUAUCUGGAUAUGUGGAUAGAUGCAUAAGGUGGGCGCAAAAAGACCACCCAGCGAAAAAAAAAACAAUGAAAUCUCAAGGGAAAUAUUUUAGGGUUGCGGAAGGUCCGGCUCCUUGCAACGGAUGCGAUAAGAAUUUGACUUGUUUUGUUUUGUCAGAAUAUGAGCGGUUUAUGAAACAAACAAUGAAAAAGAAAUUGGUGAACACUUUUGAAGAUCGACAUUUUUAUCCGCAAAAUUGGUAAGUUUUCUUACCUCUGAUGUCAUGAUUUAUCAAAAUUUGAAAGUUGAAAUAGAAGAAUGAGGAAAAUAGAGCAGACUGACUAAAAAUGAUCUAAUAAAAAAAUGAAAAACAAUUUCAAGUGAAGCAUGAAACUGCAUAAAAGUUAUAUCUUCUUGAACAUAUGUACGUUGUGUACUUUCAGAACAUUUUAGAAAUCAUAUUUGAAAAAUGUUGAAUUUCAGGCGCUGCGGCCUUAAUAGAAUGCGAGAUCAGUACGAGUUCAUUCGAUAUUCAAGUGAUCCAACAAAAGAACUGAUGACUGAUUUAUUCAAAAUUGCUCAAAGGCAAGGAGUAAGUUUAAAAAAAGAAAACAAGAAAUUGUAAGAUGAAUUGAAAAUAUAUAGAACAAGUUCCAAAAAAACAACACUUGAGAGCAAAUUUCUUUUUUUGGAGGGAAGGAUAAUUAGAUAUUUAUUUGUUUUUUGUUGUUUUUUUCUCUUUGGAACAAUUUCGAGUGAAAAGUGAAAAAAAUUCCGGGUUCAAUUUGUACAUCUUUAGUGGAAAACAUUAGAUUGUUUUGGAAAAUAUCCUGAAUUUAUCAUAACUUACUUGAACAAAUCUCGAAACAUUUCUUAAUGUUAGUAGAAGUAGGAAAAUGUUGCUCAACUUUGUGAACUUUUGCAGGUGCCGAAAAGUGAAUUGGAAUAUAUUGAACAAGAGUUGACCAGAAAUCGCAAAACAUCACAUACAACAGCCUAUUCACCAGCGCGAGAAUUUUAUGAAAAAAGGUGAGAAUCAAAUUUGUCGCGCGCAAGAAAAAUGAAGAAACUUUUUCUUUUCCUUCCGUUUGAUGCACUUUCAUGUGACCAGAAAGCAAUUUACAUAAUUUUACAGACUUCGCGAAAAUCCUUUUUUGAUGGAAUAUGUCGUCAGAAUGUUCUACCAUGAUUUCGUUAUUCUGGGAUAUUCAUUUCCGCCUGGAUUUUAA